CAACGAGACAAGCCGCGUCCUUGUCACCCUCUAACAACCACAAUACCACACCCUAUGCCGCCAAUACCUCGCGCCCCUACCGCCUCGAUCCACCUCGACUAGCGCAGCACGCCUUGCCGCGCUUGCCGCUUCCGCAAUGGCUGAGCUUCCUCCAGCGUACGACAUGGACGUGGAGGAUGAGGGGCUCAACUCCUCACCUUCCUUUCUUUACCUGGAAAGUAUAGGCCUGACUGGAAAGGCGGGCGCUCUGCAGAUUCUCACCAAGAUCCAACCACAAUGCAAAUUCCUCUUCCUCUGGAAUAACAACCUCGGAUCGAUCGGCGUAGAGUACCUGUUUGAAGGCUUGGAACGCAUUCGAGCUUCACAUGCCCGUGACCACAAUCCGUUUGGGCUCAACACUGUCCGCAUAGGGAAGAACAACUUGCGCGACGAGGGCGUGUUUGAAGUUCUUGGAUAUGCCGUGAAUGACACGUCGCUUGAGACUCUAAAUAUCGACGAAAACGGGGCCGAGCUGGCAGACGCUGUUGGGUUCGUUGAGCUGCUCAAUGCGACAACCAUCAGCUCAAUGCGCUUGGACCGGAACCCACUUCGAACAAAGUCGGUUAUCACACUCUUCGAAGGUAUUUUGUCCAAGGUCACGUCGCUGGGCCUCGUUGGGUGUCGCAUUCAGCCACAAUGUGUGCCCUCGAUCGUCGCCUACUUCGAGUCCCCGCGCUCUUGGCGUCUCAGAUCUCUCACCAUCAUGAACAACUCCAUGGGACGAGAAGGCAUUGCCGCAAUACUCGCGGCCAUUGAGAGGACGAACUUUAGCCUCGAGGAGAUCUGGCCCCCGUUCUACGGGUCCGGAGAAGUGAGCCCAGAAGAGGAGGCUCGGGUCGAACGGGAGCGAGUCGAUAACCAUAAAGCCGAUAAGGCUGCAGACCGCUCCAUCAAACGAAUCCGUGUGCGCAAUCAAGGGCUAGCGGCCCGCGUGCGAAUGGCGGCGGCUCGAGUUAUCGCCCCAGCCCGCAUUGUUCUCCAUGCGAUAGCUGCCAGAAGUGACGAGAUGAGCGAUAGCCCUUCAACCGGCGAGGCCGGCACAUUCCGCCUGCUUGAUCUUCCACGCGAGCUGCAACUCGACAUCGUCCGCCACUGCUCUCGAGACGGCACUGCGUUCAGCCAAGCGCAAUGGCUCCGAAUCCUCGCCCAUGCCGAGGAUCGGGGCUCCAUCACCCGCAUGGCCAGCAAGCUGCGCGAGAUGACGAUUCAGUGCGAACGGGACCUGGAGAACAAUAACGGUAUGGACUCGGACGACUCCAACCGCUUCUACAACGAACCCCUCAUGGAGACACUUUAUUUUUGGCGCGAACAAGUGGGGUGCGUGAUGUGGGAGCGCGACCUGCCAUGA